AUGAGGCUUCCUAUUGUUACUCUCCUGUUGGUCUUUCUGAUGACUGCUUUUGCCGCAGUUAAUGUUUUGGCUCAGGUGGCAGGCGGUGAUGACUUCCCAGUCUUUGAGGACAAUUCUGAUACCGACGAAUUUCCUCCAACUGCAUCCAAAGGAAUAACUGAUGUCACCAUAAUCACAGCCACCCCAAUUUCAUUUGGUUCAUCUUCAUCUGUUCUCACCACUAUAAGUUCUACGUCAAGAGAUUCUAGUACUACCAGUACUUUUCCUUCUACAACUCAGACUUCCACGACUAAUAAAGUCUCAGAAGAUUCCACCACAUCUUCUCCAACCUCAACUGGUUCCACAACAUCUUCUCCAACGAUACCGGAUUCAACUUCAACCUCGACUGAUUCCACCACAGCACCUUCAGUAACAGCUGAUUCUAACACAAGAGAUUCGACAACAAAAUCAACAACACCUGUACACACCACAGGAUCUCCACAGUCCUCUACGCCUGCUAAAAGCACAUCAACAGAGUCCAGCACAGAGUCUUCAACAAUAGGUGAAUCCACCACAAAGGAAUCAACAACAUCUGUAGCUACAAGCACAUCAACUGAGUCCACCACUUCUUCUUCAGCUACAACAAAUGAUUCAACAACAGAUAAAUCUACAACUAAUUUUUCUACCACAGAAUCUACAACCGCUACUGAUUCUUCAACAAGUGAAUCCACCACAACUUCAACUGUUUCCACCACCGCUAGCCCCACCACAAAUGUUCCCACUACAACUGUUCCCACCACAACCUCUGAACAGCUAACAGAAGAAGAAAUCAUUUUGACUCUACUGGCGGAAAACUCAGAAGCUCAAACUGUGUCCAAUACUUUGCUUAAUACUGUCAGCACAUUUAUUUGGAAUAUAGACGAAGAACUGGACAGUCAUUCCGAGUCCCUUGACAUAGUUAAAGACACCAAAGAUCUCCUUCAAAACAAAACACAAGAACUUUUAUCUUGGGAAGCCGAGUUUCUUCGAGGAGUAGUCACUUCUAUUCAAAAGAUUGACUUAUUUGCCAACCGAACGAUCGAUACUGUGUCUCAUUUGCUUAGUUUGCAAAAGCAAAACUUGGAUCGAGUAAAAGAUCUUGGGGUCAAACUUAACAAUACCGAAGGCCAAAUCCUGCGUAGCUCUAAAAGAUUGGAUAACAAACUUAACUUUGUUAGGGAAUUACUUCUGCGUAUUAUCGAGCCAAAAGUAAAUAGUUUAAAGGAAUCCUUUGCCAAUCUUAACACAUCCCAAGUCAAUUCACUUGUUGAACUAGAGAAUGUUCCUUUGGUCAUAAAUCUAACCGAGAGUUCAAUUAUAAAGUUAUCUUCCCUGAAUAAGCAGUUAGCUGUACUCAACCAGACUCAAGAAAACAGUUUCGACUCUUUAAAAUACGCGAUUAAAUCGUGUACUCCCACUAACCUCAACGCGGUAAGCGAUCUAUUUCAGGCCAUAAGUAUGUCCCAAAAACGCACCGAUUUGGCAUUCGCUCUUUGUGGAUCUUCGGAGUAUAGUCCUACUCAUUUUGUGAACUAUAACACUCAGUACAUCAGCAGUGGCUCUGAAGCCCCUAUCUACAAAGAGAUACAAAUCUAGUAAUCAGGAUAUCUCGAGUGGUAAAGAGGAGUCAUGAAAAACUGAAGCAACCCAUAUUGAAAACUAAUAGUACAAACUAAAUGGACCACGACUACAUAAAUAUGUUUAAUGUAUUUUUAAAGGCUUGUAUCAAAACAACAUGUAUCUAUGUAACAUUUUCUAGAAGUAGUAACCUAAAGAAUGGGAGCAAUGUAUCAAUUUCACCCAUCCUACCGUUCAAAUAAA